AUGGCAAAAUCCCGCUUAGAAAGCAACAACGUCGUUCGUUGUUGCGUUCUAAGCGGGAGGCUUUUGAUCAACAGUGGAUGUCUUGCGGCUGAUAAUGGUGAUGAUGAACUAAUAUCACCAUUAGCUAUCGCCGAGGCCCAGAAGCUCGGGGCUCAGGAUUUUAUCCGCGUGCUGGUAGAGAAGCCCUGGGAUGAACUCACGGCAGAUAGCUGGGACCUGCCGUCCCAAGUCGACUUGAAGGCAGCAGAGGAGAUUGACCUUGAUGACAACGACGAAGGCAUCUCUAAUAGCUACGAUGGUAGCGAGUUGAAGACGGAUGCAGGGAAGCGGUCGGCGGUCGCGACCGCGCUGAACACCGGCCGACGCCGGCGCCAGCCGACGCCCGCGCUCGGUAAGGCCGUCACGCCGUAUGUCGGCGUCGGCGUGCUGAAUGACGUGGGCUCUUUCUUCGAUUCCCUGCGCGACAACCUGGAAAAUCUGGCUUCUCUGUCACCCGAGCAACGGUCGACUCUGUUCCAGGAGCUUCCGCAAGUCCUGCAAGCGCAGUCGGGUGGUAUGAGUGGCGGAGGCACUGGUAUGCGUAGACUGCAUGCCCUGCGCCCACUCAAACCCACCAGCAACAUCAGAUCGUUCGUGGAGCCGGACAGAGGGUAUCCCAGGGCGAACCACCACGAUCCCGGUCUGCUGUGGACCGGACUUGGCCGUCGG